AUGGCUCCCAGGGCACUCGGAUCUCGGCUUUGUUUGGGGAUUGAAUGCCAUGAUGCCCUUCCAACUCUAGUCUUCACACUCUUUGCCAGUGUACUGGUGACUUGGCUUGAGGCUGCUAAAUUCACUGUGGGCUUCCAGGCCCCCUGGAACAUCUCCCAUCCAUUCAGUGUACAAAGGCUGGGUGCAGGACUCCAGAUUGCCAUGGACAAGAUCAACUCGGAGAUGGCAGACCUCGGAAACUUCAGCUGGGAGUUCACUUACACCAACUCAACCUGCAGUGCCAAGGAGUCUCUUGCUGUUUUCAUCAACCAAGUCCAGAGAGAACAGAUUUCUGUCCUGUUUGGACCAGCAUGCCCAGAAGCAGCAGAGGUUAUUGGUUUGCUGGCCUCUGAGUGGAACAUCCCCAUGUUUGACUUUGUUGGACAAACAGCAAAACUGGAGAAUGACUUCUUGUAUGACACCUGUGUGAAACUCAUGCCACCCAUGCACAAAAUCAGUGAUGUGCUCCAGGAAAGUCUUCGGUACCUGGGCUGGAAGCACAUUGGGAUAUUUGGAGGUCACUCUGGGACCUCCUUCUGGGAUGGAGUGGAUGAGUUGUGGAGGGUUGUAGAGCAUGAACUCAGAUCCCAUUUCACCAUCGCUGCCAGAGUGAGAUACACCAACAAUGAUCCAGCCUUCCUUCAAGAGAAUCUUAGAAGCAUGGCACUGAUUGCCAGAGUUAUCAUCUUAAUCUGCAGCUCGGAGGAUGCAAAAGUUGUUCUUCUGGCUGCAGAGAACCUGGGACUCAACACAGGAGAAUUUGUCUUCAUUAUUUUGCUGCAGUUGGAGGACAGUUUUUGGAAGGAGGCAUUGACAGACCAGAAGGUGAUGCAUUUGCCCACCAUCUAUGAGUCUGUGUUUCUCAUAGCCCUCAGCUCCUAUGCAGCUGGCACUGGAGAUGAAGGCUUCCGAAAACAAGUCUACGAAAGGCUGCGGAGGCCACCCUUCCACAGCUCCAUCUCUGCAGAGGAGCAGGUGAGCCCUUACUCCGCCUACCUUCACGAUGCGGUCCUGCUCUAUGCUCAGGCUGUGAGGGAGAUGACAGCGGCCGGAAGGGACUUCCAGGAUGGGCGGCAGCUGGUCAGCACUCUGAAAGGUUCCAACUGGACGGCAUUGCAGGGAGUCACCGGCCCCGUGAUUGUGGACUCCCAGGGAGAAAGGCUCAUGGAUUAUUUCAUCUAUGCCCUACAGAAAUCUGGAAACGGGUCCCUCUUUCUUCCUUUUCUUCAGUAUGACAGCUCUCAGAAGGUAAUCAGACCCGUGAGGAAUUUCUCUACUCUUCCUUGGCCCCAGGGCUCCCUUCCUGAAGACAGAGCCGACUGUGGGUUUUACAAUGAGCUCUGUGAAACUGAGCCUCCGACUGUGGGUUUUACAAUGAGUGUGGCUGUUCUGAUCCUCAUGAUGACCCUCCUGAUGACUGUCCUGGGAGCUGUCAUCAUAGGUCUGAUUUUAAGGAUGCAGCGGGGAAAACUCCAGAGGCAAAAUACAGACAUCUGGUGGCAAAUCAAUCAUGAUGACAUCACCAUUCUGUCCCAGCACAAGCCAUCCCAGAGAGGCACACCUGUGUCGAGAGGGAACAACAGCAACUCGUCCAGGGUGAUGAUUUCUGGGGACUUCAGUUCCUUUGUCAAGAGCCAGCAGGGGGAAGAGCUCUUCUAUGCCCCAGUAGGGCUUUACCAGGGAAACCAUGUGGCCCUCUGCUAUGUUGGUGACCAAGCAGAAGCCUGGAUCAGGAAGCCCAAUGUGCUGCAGGAAAUCCGGCUGAUGUAUGAAUUAAAGCACGAAAACAUUGUUCCCUUCUUUGGUAUAUGCACAGAACCACCAAACAUCUGCAUUGUCACCCAGUAUUGUAAAAAAGGGAGUCUUAAGGAUGUUUUGAGAAAUGCAGAUAAUGAUAUGGAUUGGAUAUUCAAACUCUCAUUUGCAUAUGACAUAGUCAAUGGCAUGCUGUUCCUCCACAGGAGCCCCCUGAAGUCUCACGGCAACCUGAAACCUUCCAACUGCCUGGUGGAUGGUCGGAUGCAGGUGAAGCUGUCUGGAUUUGGGCUGUGGGAACUCAAGUAUGGCCAGACGCACAGGACAUAUAAUGAGAAAACAAUGGACCACUCAGAGCUCUAUUGGACGGCCCCAGAGCUGUUGAGGCUCCCAGAGGUGCCCUGGGCAGGCACCCCAAAGGGAGACGUGUACAGCUUUGCCAUCCUGAUGAGGGAGCUUAUCCACCACCAGGACCACGGGCCUUUUGACGACUACGACGAGGCACCACGUGAAAUCAUCAGUCAAAUCAAAGACCCUACGGCCUUAGUUCCACUUCGACCUUCCUUGUCAGAGGAGAAGGGCAAUGAGAAGAUUAUGGUCAUGGUGAGAGCAUGUUGGGAUGAAUCUCCAGAGAAACGGCCCACUUUCCCUUCCAUCAAGAAAAUGUUACGAGAAGUCAGUCCCAGAGGCCACGUGAACAUCCUAGACAGUAUGGUGAGCAAGCUGGAAGUAUAUGCCAAUCACCUGGAGGAGGUGGUGGAGGAGAGGACCAGCCAGCUGAUGGCAGAGAAGAGGAAGGUGGAGAAGCUUCUGUUCACAAUGCUGCCCAGCUUCAUUGGAGAGCAGCUCCUAGCUGGAAGGUCCGUGGAGCCAGAACAUUUUGAGUCCGUGACCAUCUUUUUCUCCGACAUCGUUGGAUUCACAAAACUGUGUUCUCUCAGCUCCCCCUUGCAGGUUGUAAAGCUCCUUAACGACCUGUACAGUUUAUUCGACCACAUCAUUCAAACUUACGAUGUGUAUAAGGUUGAGACCAUUGGAGAUGCAUAUAUGGUAGCCAGCGGACUUCCUAUCCGCAAUGGAGCCCAGCAUGUGGAGGAGAUUGCCAUGAUGUCCUUGCACUUCCUCAAUGCCACCAUCCACUUCCAGAUUGGGCACAUGCCUGAGGAGAAGCUUAGGCUCCGGAUCGGCCUCCACACAGGUCCUGUGGUGGCUGGCGUAGUGGGAAUCACCAUGCCCAGAUAUUGUCUGUUUGGAGACACUGUGAACGUGGCAUCCAGAAUGGAGAGCAGCAGUUUGCCUCUCCGGAUUCAUGUCUCUGAGAGCACUGCAGCCACCCUGCUGACAUUGGGAGGAUACGAUUUGCAAAAGAGAGGCACCAUUCCAGUCAAGGGCAAGGGAGAGCUAACAACUUUCUGGUUGAAAGGCAAAGAAGGCUUCCCUAUUCCGCUCCCCAACUUUACUGAGGAAGAACUUAAAGUCCCAGAGAUCUUAUAAGACUCCUUCCCAAGGUAGCUGGAAGCUGUGCCAGAGGGAGGAGGUGAGAGAGGCCAACAUAAGUCUUCCACCGAGAUCGAAUCUGACCUUCUCAUCCUGGUGACCACAAACCUGAGGUCCAGAAAGGGGAAGUAAAAGAUGACAUUAAAAUUUAUUACCAUGCCGAGCAAAAUACCACAUAGCCCUUCAUCCUCAUGGCCCUGUGAUUAAGGGAUAUCAUCUCCAUCUUUCAGAUGAAGAAACAGCAGCCCAGAGAAUCCAUCUAACUUCCCAAAGUCACACACCUGAUAAGCAGAGCUCUUUGCUCUCUAAUUGACUUGACCGGAAAGUCAGAGGUCCCUCUACCCACAUAUAGUUCUUGAGCUCAGUAUGUUCGUGAUUUGCCUGGAAGUAUGUUAUAGGAGUUUGUAACAUACAUUCACCAAAGUGCUUAUGUCUGAAAACAAUUUUAACUUAAA